AUGUCUACCGCUUGUCAGACCGCAUUCGGCACGGCCGAACUGCUCGAAAUCAUUCUCUACGGCCUGCCGACCAAAGACCUGCUUCUUGCCCAGCGCGUCUGCCAGUUCUGGCGCAACGCGAUACUCGGCUCGAAGAAGAUUCAAGAAGCGCUCUUCCUGCGACCUAUUGGUAUUCUCGACGCAGCUUUUGGCUCACCGGAGGAUGACAACGAGCAGCUACAACUCCCACCGGCUCGGGCGUGCAUAUAUGGAGAAAGUUCAGGUGCAACGUGGUACGAUAGAAAUUCGGGUACUCCGGUCAAUCGUCUGCUCGGCAACACUUUAGCAUUCGACAACGACUACGGGUACUUCGACUUAGCUCGUCUACACUCCUUCGACACGGCUUUAACAUAUCGCGAGAUGUUCAUCACUCAGCCAGCUGUUACCUCCUGCGCAUACAUGAUGGCGGGCAAGUUCAACGGCUUCUUCUGCGCGAUCGAAGACACGCUACAGGCAACGCAAGGUGUCACUGUCGGUAUUCUGAUGGAUCACGUCACUACCUACUGGCCGGUACUGGCGAAGCAACAGUCUGACCAGAUGAGAGCAGCUGUGGAAAUAUGGGGAGUGCUAGAGAUCAUGUACGAUCGCGAAGAGCGAUACCUUGAAAGUGUCGUAGCCGGAAGACAAGUCUCGGAGGAACAGCAGGCCAAAACUCCGCAUGUAUUUCUUCGUGGCUGUCAUUCAGGCAAGGAGGCGUGGUCGUGGUUGACAAAUAGUCAGCAGCUUGAAGUGAUCAAGCAAGGCUUGAAGAAAGGCGAGAUGGCAGCUAGACCUGCGAGCGGUGUCGAUGCCGCCGUUCUCGACAACGAUGAUGAGGAAUAG